CCCCCCCCCCCCCCCCCCACCCCCCCCCCACCCCCAUCUAGCCCUGCUCAACUCAGCUGCAGCUAUGUCAUGUUCGGAGAAUUCUGCUCCAAGAUCGUUUUCAGUCAGGGCUUUAAUCAGCUCCAACCAGCCUGGACCUUACUGUCCUGGGGGUUAUUUGUCCUCUAGGCCGGACCAGGGCUACGGGGCACAGAGCUGUCAUCGUAAACACGACGAGAUGAGCCACCAGCAAGCUCUAGGGUUGGUGCCCCAUCACCAGUACGUGCCAAGUAUGGCAGGAUGGGCAUCGCCAUCAGCACCCGGCCACAGCGGCCGCCUCCAGCAGAUAAACGCAUAUUCCUUCGCGUCUAGCGUGAAAGAAGAAGCCAACUAUUGUCUACUAGACGGGGAUAAACACGCGAAGACGGUCCCGGAGGUGCCUGUGUACCCGAGGGUGAUCUCUGAGAUGUGCGCCAGUGAUAGUGGCAGAGUCCCAGUCCCCAUCUAUUUCCGUUCAGAGCCGAGCUACACGUCCAGCAAGCCCACGGAUUACAACCAGCCGCCGCCGCCAGCCGCGGCCCCAUGCUCGAUCACAUCCAGCGUUCCCUUCAGCUCUUCCUUCGCCUCGUCGUCUUCCUCCUCGAAACCAGGUGAAAAGGCCAUAAAAGCGACCGGCUCGAGCGACCCCGUCCGCAGAAACCCGGCAAAACCCACAGAAGCGAGACAGAGUGACUUUGUACAAGAUACACCCACUUUAGACUUCCCUGGCGGGGACCCGGCUCAUUCCGAGAGAGAAACAAAAGAAAGCGCGAAGACCGCGAGUACCACGAACUGGAUGACCGCGAAAGGAGGAAGAAAGAAACGUUGUCCGUAUACCAAGUACCAGACUUUGGAACUCGAGAAAGAAUUUCUCUUUAACAUGUACUUGACUCGAGAGCGCCGCCUGGAGAUCAGUCGAGGCGUGAAUCUAACAGACAGGCAGGUCAAAAUCUGGUUUCAAAACAGGAGAAUGAAGCUGAAAAAGAUGAGCCGAGAGCACAGGAUUCGUGAAAUAUCGACUGCUUUCCCCAUCUGAAAGCGGCACUGUGCUCCGAUUUGAUUAAAGAAGAGGCGGCGGACAAUGUGGUUGAGGAGUCCGAAUACUACAACAGCAUUGAAGAUGGUGAAGGGGAGGGGAGGGGGGAAAGGCUGGAGGGAGGGGGGGGGGG